AUGUCGUUCACAGCUUCUCCGGAAGGUCUGAAGUAUUCGGCCAGUAGUAGCAACUCCCCGAUCGCGCCACCUGCGACCGCCCCCACCUCCCGCAUACCAGACAACCCGAGCUCGCGGAGCUGUGUUACCUGUCGUCGUCGUAAAGUCCGCUGUAAUAAACGAUCUCCUUGCUCGAAUUGUGCCAAAUCUGGCAUAGAGUGUGUAUUCCCUCCACCGGGACGUGCUCCAAGAAAAUCCAAACGUCCACCCGACACUGAACUUCUUUCUCGCCUGCGACACCUAGAAGGUGUCAUCGGAAGCUUGAGUGGGAAGAAUGGCGAAGGUAGUUCGACUACUACUACUAAUACAACGCCACCAAAGACAACCGCUUCCACUUAUCGGGUUGCUUCUACUCCGGUCAAAUCUACAGCUGCAAGUGCUGCAAAAGAGAGUGGUGUUGCCUGUCCCUUUGAACCCAGUGAUCCUAGAAAGCCUGAUCCAGGGAAGUUUGAAAAUGAGUUUGGGAGGCUGGUUAUCGAUGAAGGUAAGAGCCGAUAUGUGAGCAAUCGGCUUUGGGCCAGUCUCGGGGACGAGAUUGAGGAACUCCAGGAUAUUCUUGAUCACUCUUCUUCCGACGAAGACGAUGUUGAUUCCCCUGAAUCUGCUCAUUCGGGCUCUCAUGAUGGAUUUCUUCUAGGGUUCAGCUCUAUUUCACUCUCCCUGAAAGAGUAUCAUCCUCCGCUUCCCAGAGUAUCAAAGUUUUGGGAAAUCUAUAUGGAGAAUGUUGCCCCUUUAAUUUCCAUUCUACACGCCCCCUCUACUCGAUCUCUGUUGAUUGAAGCCGCUCAGAAGCCUGAAUCUUUAGACAAGAACUCGGAGGCUCUGGUGUUUUCCAUAUACCUGACAGCGAUUAUUAGUUUAAGCGCUGAUGACUGUCUCAAACAACUCGGAGAGGACCGAGGCGCUUUAUAUAGGCGAUAUCGCUUUGCAGUCGAGCAAGCCCUUUCCAGAGCGAAUCUCUUGAACACGCAAAGUCUGGUACUUUUGCAGGCGGCUGUCCUAUUCCUAAUUAGUGUUCGGAGAGAAGAUGACUCCAAAUUUGUAUGGUCCAUGACUUCUGUUGUUCUUCGCCUCGCCCAAGGAUUAGGUCUACAUCGUGAUGGAACCCAUUUCUCACUGAAGCCAUUCGAAACGGAGAUGCGCCGUCGAUUAUGGUGGCAUAUUUGCUUUUUGGAUAUCCGAGCGGCCGAAGACCAUGCGACUGAUCCACUCAUUCACGAGAGCAUGUUCGAUACUCGACUCCCACUCAAUGUAAAUGACGACGACCUUCAACCGGAGAUGACGGAGGCCCCAAAAGAGCGAGAGGGAUGUACUGAUGUUACGUUCUCUCUGAUUCGCGCUGAAAUUACCGGCGCAUUGCGGAAAGUGAAUUAUGGCUGUCCUCUCAGUCGCUUUGGCGUGGGCUCGGAGGCCCGGCCCCCGCCCAUCGAAUUUGCUGAGCGGAUGAUACAGAUUAUUAGUCGCCGAAUUGAGGAACGGUACAUCAAGCACUGCGAUAAGAAUAUUCCCAUUCAAUGGGCAGCUGCCACUGUUGGAAGAAUCAUACUUGCGAAGCUGUGGUUGAUUGUUCAUCACCCAUUGACACGGAAAGACCGCAUCACCACCGUCUCUAAUUCAACUCGCCAGAGUCUAUUCCUCACUUCGAUUGAAGUGCUCGAAUUCGGUCGUUUGCUUGAAGCAGACCCCAAGACAGCCAAAUGGUCUUGGUUGUUCCGAACCAACAUGCAGUGGCACGGCGUGGCUUUUGUUCUGUCUGAAAUUUGCGUUCGUACGAUUUGCCCUGUAACUGAUCGAGCCUGGAACGCUGUCACUUUGUUUUACAAGGACUGGAAAAUGAAAGAGACGCACAAGAAAGGCAUGCUUUGGCGACCUUUAGACGCGUUGAUGAAACGGGCUGCCUCGACUCGCGCCCAGCAAAAACAAGAGCUUUUACUCAAAUAUGGACCGAAUUCCAAUGCCUUGAUAGAGACCCCUCCUUGCGAUUUGAAAGCUAUGUAUAUGAAUUCUCUACCCCAUAUUCAUAUGCCAGAAGACUCCGCAAAGCCUUCACCUUUUGCUCGUACUGUUCAGACGACAAAUCAAAACCAGUCUGAAUCAACAAGUCCAGACCCCUUGGAUGUCAGUAUCAAUGGUGGCCCUUGGGAGACGCUACAAAUAAUUUUCCCCGGCACCAACAUCCUUGCACCUGUUCCUUACGAUAAUCCGCCACCAAGAACCCCAAGUCCUGCCAAUACCUCAGCACCACCACCACCACCACCCCUAAAUCUGAAUCUCUCAACACCAUUACCACCACCACCACCCAUUGCAGCCAAUCCUACGAUUAAUCCACUCAUUUCGCAGGGUCUUCAACCUGAAGAAGAAAUGCUCAACUGGGAGGAUUGGGACCAAGUGAUGCGGGACUUCCAGAUGGAUGUUAGGAAUGAUGAUCCAGGCCUAUCAAAUGGAAAUGGGGUUUUUACAGAAUGGCUUGUAUGA